UGAAGUGAUCAUUCGAUUGAUAGUCAUCUCGGGGCAGACUUGGUGAUUGUUGCGCAGCUUCAACCUGAGAGGUGUCGUCUAGUUCGAAUGGCGGCCAUGAUGCCCUCAUCAGGCGGGGGCGGAGGCGCCCAAUCCGCGAAUCCAUACGAGCACUACGACGCUCCCUCCGUGGAGGACGACUUGAUAGAUCCGGACGAUGCUACUCUGGACGACCUCGACGACCCAAUCAAUCAACCAACCUCCGACCGUGCCCCCUUAACUGGCAACAUUUCCUCACAUCAAGCACAGCAAAACAACCGCGCGGCCAACAACGCGCAGGGCUACCUCAACUCGGCAAUACCUGGCGAAGACCGUCGAGCACCCCUCAACACACUUGAUGAGUCUGUGUGGGAGACGCUACGGCGAGAUUUGCUUGGGGUAUGGGAGAAGAUGCGGCAGGUGUUAUGGCCAAAGUAUCUGUUCGGUGGGUUGAUGUCGCGGGACAGAGGUGAGGUUAACGGGAUUGCUGGCGGCGUUGAGGCGUUGCGGGGUCUAGUAGGGAGAUGGCCGGAUGCGGAUGUGGUGCUGCAAGGCGGUAUGAGCGAAGGAUUGAGAGAUUGGGACCUAUGGGGCCCUCUACUGUUCUGUCUACUUCUAUCGUUCCUACUCUCGCUGAACGCGCAAGACGACCAGCGGUCCCUAGUCUUCAGCGGCGUCUUCGCCACCAUCUGGGUCGCAGAAGCCAUCAUAACCAUGCAGAUCAAGCUUCUGGGCGGCAACAUUGGCUUCUUCCAGUCCAUCUGCAUUAUAGGAUACACCCUCUUCCCCAUGGUAAUCGCCUCACUGCUGUCGGCACUACACGUCCACUGGAUCGUGCGAAUACCGGUCUACAGUGUCCUGGGUUUGUGGUCAUUGGCCGCUGGUGUCAGCAUACUAGGCGGAAGCGGCGUGGUGAAAGGCCGAGUUGCCCUGGCAGUGUAUCCGCUGUUCGUUUUUUAUGUGGGACUUGAUUGCUUGUGCUUUAUCUCUUAGCGAGGCGUUGUAGUUUAGACUCUGUUGUACGAGUACGUGUGCAAGCACACUCAGCGAACGGAUUCUCACAGAUGCAAGGAUGUUCGUGCAUUGAGCGGGAAUAACCUGCCGCAUGCUCCACGCUCCAAUGCUAAUACGAAAUGGCAGCUGCGAUCGAAGCUGGCUAUGCUGCUGUUGGGCGCAUUACAACACACUACACACGACACCGCAGAACUAUUCGCUAACUGAACGAGACGAUGUUCUAACUUCUGGCUAUCCUUUCGAACAAAGAUGAUAUAUAGCGCGCCU